AUGUUCGAUUUUUCGGUCGCCGGUCCUGACAGACCAAUAAUCCGAGAAUAUAUGCUUGAUACAAUCGAAGAUGUUACCAUUUAUUGGAGCGAAUUACAAUACGUCGCUCAACAAAAGAUGGCCGAGACGAUAAGUAAAAGUGAUGAUGAAAAUGGAAGCGAUGAAGAAAAUCCCGAAACACAGAAGCAGAUAUCACAGGCUGAGGAAUCGAAUCCAUUAAGAUUCAUUACUUCAUCACGUAAUUGGAAUGCCGGCUAUCCCUUGACUUCACGUCAGAAAAAGAGACUUGAAUAUUACGUAGACCGUCGGAAGUCAAAAACACCAUAUGAUGACGAAGUCCUAUGUCGGCAGAUUGCACAGGAGUGUAGCUUGCCUUAUACUCGUGUAAGAGUUUAUUUCAAACGCAUUGAAGAUAACUUUGAAAAAAAGAAUCGAGAGGCAAAAGCGGCAAAGCAAAGAGAAAGGCGACGUAGGGUUGCAAAUAAAUACAAAACCUUUACUGGUAUUAUUCCUACAGCACAGGGUGAACCGUCAUUCAAAAAGAGAAAGACCGAAACCAUGGUCCAUAAAGUUGCGAGAAAGACCAACAACGCGUUGGGGCCUCACUCGGGGCGCAAGAGUCAUCGUGAGUUUAAGCAGAAGGAAUUGGCAGACAACCAAAUCAUUGCAGAAGAAGAAAACCUUCCAAUUAUUGCCGACGAAGAGCGAUUUGAAACCCAAUAUGAAACUUUUGUGAAACGUCAACGGCCUGUAUGGAAUCAUCAAGAGGAUGAAUUGGUCAUCCAUUCAUAUGCCAUUCUCAGAGUCCGUUCGCAAAAAGCAAGAUUCCUCUGGGGAGCAGUGACCAAGGUGUUAACAAAUAAAACCAAUGAGAUGUGCCGUCGCAGAUUAAAUGUUUUGGUCAAAAAUGCGGCCGUGCAAGAACGUAUCAACAUCUUACUGACCCAAUGGCCAAAGAUUUAUAAAAUUGGAAUCGAGAAUGGCGAUAUUGUUGACGAAGAUGACGUUGAGAUGAUAGAUUUUGACUUGCCCGGGCACGUAGAAUAUUUUAUGAAAUCAUUGAAGGACAUGCCAAAUAAAAGAAGUGGUCCUGAUCCCGUGAUACUGCUUCCUCGUGACGUCGGAAUGCUACAAAAAUACUUUACUGAAAAAUAUAUGUCCUCUUUUCACGAUCAAGAUCUGUUCUUUGAAGAUAAACUAGCCGGUUGCUCUUUGAGACAGAAAUUCACUACUCUUUACUCGCAUUCAUUCACAUGCCGUAUUUCUCACGAAAAUUCGGUCGAUUAUUAUGCAAAAUUAAAAAUUGAUGACAGGGAAAUUCAACUCGAAUGUAUUCAGGCAUUGAUUAAGAUGAUACUUCUGACACCCGAGGAUCAGUACGAUUCAUCGCACGCAUUUUCAAUUCUCAAUUCAUAUUCCGAUUCCCUUGUUACCGACGCAAUUGAUAAAUUGAACGAAUUUGGAGCAAUUGUUCGUGUCAAAGGUGGAAACGACCGAAGAGUUCCUGGUCGAGGAUAUCAUGUAUCCGAUAAGUUCCUCUCGGUUAUUUCAGGAACUUUACCCGAUCGCCUUUUUUCGCAAGCUGUUGCCUUCCAUAAAUCGAUCGUCGGGCCGACCCUCUUUGAUCAAUUUUCUAACAGCGGUGACAUGGCUUGCAUUUUGGAUUUAUUUUCUUCUGAAAAGGUUUCAUUGGUCCCCGCGUAUAAAACUGAAGAUUUGUUCACCUCAUGCGUAAUACCGAACCACCGCAGUAGGAAAAUUGAACCUUCGAAACUUCAAUUUGACAUCUUAAUAUCUCCUAAGAAGCCAUUGGAUCACCAAACAAACGAACGCCCUUUGAUUACGGAACCAAGUAAAAUUCAGGACAUUUCUGGAUCAAGCGCAAUAGAAAAGGUUCGAUCUGACGUUUUAGCGUCAGAAGAUCAGAGUAAUUCCCCGGCAGAAGAAGAAAGUAAUCCUAUUGGAUUUAAAAAAGUUGCUGAAUACGACCUCCCGCCACUUAGGACGAAGCCGGAAGCCUUAAUAAUUUUUCAGAAACUACUUGCUAGACAUGAUGCUGAGACACAAAACGGUCUUCGAAAAAUUUAUAACACACUUUCGAUGGUUGGUCAACUAGGAAUACCCAUCAUUUCGUUAAAGGAACGCAUUGAUCUUCCCGAAGAUAAGUUUAUGCGAUACUUAUCAUUGCUAGAAUUCAAUCGUCCAAGUUUAGUUGUAAAAGUUGGAUAUGAAGCGAACCGAUAUGUUUGCAGCAUUUUUGCGCGAUUUUGGUUGAUUAAAACACAAAGAACACCUGUUUAUCGGUCCAAAAAACAACUAAUCUACGAAAGCAUCGAACUCGAGAACGCGGAUGACAUGAUGGGAGAUGCACGUCUACCAUUGAGUUUUUCAAGAUCAGGAAAAGUUUCUCCUGAACCCGAUGAAUCGUUUGCACCCACCCGAAUGUGGUAUGACAUUAAUGGAAAUUUCAUAGAGUCAGUCUUUCGUGGGUGCCUUGAAGUCGUGCUUGGAACCAUUGUUCAGAAACCCGGAAUCUAUCAG